AUGAAAUCACACACGCAAUGUCCGCUUGUUGGGACCUGGAAAUUAGAUCAUACGGAGAACUAUGAUUGUUAUUUGAAACAGUUAGGGGUAAACUCAGUUAAGCGACACUUGGCUAUGGUGACAACUAACAUCCAAGAAGAAAUCCGCCAAAUUGAUUUGCAAACAUUUGUAUGUAAAAUUUGGUCACCCGUUCUUACAAAACAGACCACUUAUAAACUUGAUCAAGAACUAUCUGAGAAUACUUUGGUUGGCGAAAGAGUCAAGUAUACCUCUCAUAAAUACCAUGUUACAUAUUUAGUUACCAACUUUAAAUCAUUAAUGCUUAGUUUUAGUAUUAUGAGUUGGGAAGAAGAGAAACUCUUUAUUCGAUGUACAGAAUCGCGACAGCCGCAGCAUGAUGUCAGAUACCUCGAUGACGGAUAUAUGAUACAUGAAUAUGUCGUUAAUAACGUUCCCACAAAGCAUUUCUACUUAAGGAUACUACAUACUAUUAGGCAGCAUUAUAAUUCGAUACAGAUAAAUCAGUUUAAUGACUGA